CACUAACCUAGUUUUCAAGGACCGAGGUCAUACACUAUGAUACAGUUACAGUAGCUAACGUCGUUAACUAACUAGCUAGCUAACGUAGUAGCACUGGCAGGAUAGUAUAUCGUGUAUAUAUAGUCACACUAACGUUAGUUAGAUAACUUAGCUGUACCAUAACAUUAGAUGCUGUAACUAAAUAAAGAUCCAAAGCAUCGUUAAAAGUUAUUGCGAUAUCUACUGGCUAGCCAGCUAGCUACACAGACCUAUCAGUAGCUAGCUUGUUUGAACUGACGUUGCCUUACCUUCUGUUUAACGUUACGUUUCUACUAGUGAAGUAAGCUAGCCCACGAUAACUUUCUUGGACUUCGGAAAAGACUAGCUAGGUAUGAAAAACGAACGACCACGAUUGUAGGCUCGCUAACUCUACGCGGUGUUGUUGGGUCUGUCUUUUCUCGCCUCUCCCCUACCCCCGACCAGACACUGUCUAUUUGUUACUUUUUACACUUCAACUCCGACUGUUAAACUGGCGGUGACGUCACAGACAAUCCUUCACACGUCACUGGGCUGUCAAAUAAUGCCAGUGGGGUAGUGUGAUAGCCAUAUAGAUAGAUGCUAAUGAUGUUAUUGCAGUCUGUUUAAUGAUUGAUUGGCGUUGCUAGCUGAGUCCAAUCCAAAUGUAGAAUUUUCUCAUUUCAAGGCCAGCCUAACUUGCUGCCUUCCCUGAACUCACACACAUUGCAACAUUUUUAUCUUUGGACACGAGUUUUACAUUAGCCAGCAUGGCCGCCUUGCGUGCAGCCAAACAAGCUAUGAGGAGAGAAAUAAAGAAACGAGUAGCUGCGUUGGACGAUCAAGAGAAACUUCGCCAGUCUCGAGUCAUUUCGCAAAAGCUCUUCAAGCACCCCAAGUAUGCCAGGUGUGAGCGCAUCGCUGUGUUCCUCAGCAUGCACGACGAGGUGAGAACAGAGGAGAUCAUUCAGGACUUGUUUAAGCACGGUAAGACCUGCUUUAUGCCCAAGUACUUGACCCAGGGCACCAGUAACCACAUGGACAUGGUGAAGCUCACCAGCAUGGAGGAUAUGAUGUCACUGCCUCUGACUUCUUGGAACAUCAGACAGCCUGCCGCCGCCGACAACACCAGAGAGGAGGCCUUGGAGACAGGAGGUCUUGACCUGAUCUUGAUGCCAGGCCUGGGAUUUGACAGGAAUGGGAAUCGUCUGGGCCGAGGGAAGGGCUUCUACGACUCAUACCUGGAACGCUGUAUGAAGCACCCCAAGGGGAAGCCAUACACCAUCGCUCUGGCCUUCAGGGAGCAGCUGUGUCAAGACAUACCUGUGGGCGACAACGACGUGCUGAUAGACGAGGUCCUGUGUGAUGUCCUGGACUAGUUCAAAGGCACAUUUUCAUAUUUCUGAAGUAAAUCUCUAUUUGUGAUGUAAAUGAAAUGUCCUAGAAGGGUUCAGACACCUUUUUUGUGCUUUGUCUUGUUUUUGAGAAACUUACCCCAGCCGUGGUACACUUCGUUGCUCGUCAGGCAACGCAAAUGACAUGAACAAAACCCACCCAAAUAUGUUGUUUUAGAAACAGAAUUUCAGUAUAGUGAUGUAGGUCUUUAGAUGUUGUACACAUUAAAUAGUGUCAUUCCAAACUUGAUCCACAACGUUAUGUUCCAUUUUGUGCGACUGGAGCCGUUUGUUCUAGCAGCUGUGCUGCGUGGGCUGUGUCCCUGUACUAAAGGGGCUCAACCUGCACGGCUGUGUCCCUGAACUAAAGGGGCUCAACCUGCACGGCUGUGUCCCUGUACUAAAGGGGCUCAACCUGCACGGCUGUGUCCCUGUACUAAAGGGGCUCAACCUGCACGGCUGUGCUGCGCGGGGCUGUGUCCCUGUACUAAAGGGGCUCAACCUGCACGGCUGUGCUGCGUGGGCUGUGUCCCUGUACUAAAGGGGCUCAACCUGCACGGCUGUGUCCCUGUACUAAAGGGGAUCAACCUGCAUGGCUGUGCUGCGUGGGCUGUGUCCCUGUACUAAAGGGGCUCAACCUGCACGGCUGUGUCCCUGUACUAAAGGGGAUCAACCUGCACGGCUGUGUCCCUGUACUAAAGGGGAUCAACCUGCACGGCUGUGCUGCGUGGGCUGUGUCCCUGUACUAAAGGGGCUCAACCUGCACGGCUGUGCUGCGUGGGCUGUGUCCCUGUACUAAGGGGCUCAACCUGCACGGCUGUGCUGCGUGGGCUGUGUCCCUGUACUAAAGGGGCUCAACCUGCACGGCUGUGUCCCUGUACUAAAGGGGCUCAACCUGCACGGCUGUGUCCCUGUACUAAAGGGGCUCAACCUGCACGGCUGUGUCCCUGUACUAAAGGGGCUCAACCUGCACGGCUGUGUCCCUGUACUAAAGGGGCUCACCUGCACGGCUGUGUCCCUGUACUAAAGGGGCUCAACCUGCACGGCUGUGUCCCUGUACUAAAGGGGCUCAACCUGCACGGCUGUGCUGCACGGGCUGUAUCCCUGUACUAAAGGGGCUCAACCUGCACGGCUGUGCUGCGCGGGCUGUGUCCCUGUACUAAAGGGGCUCAACCUGCACGGCUGUGCUGCGCGGGCUGUGUCCCUGUACUAAAGGGGCUCAACCUGCACGUCUGUGCUGCGCGGGCUGUGUCCCUGUACUAAAGGGGCUCAACCUGCACGGCUGUGUUGCACAGGCUGUGUCCCUGUACUAAAGGGGCUCAACCUGCACGGCUGUGCUGCGUGGGCUGUGUCCCUGUACUAAAGGGGCUCAACCUGCACGGCUGUGCUGCGCGGGCUGUGUCCCUGUACUAAAGGGGCUCAACCUGCACGGCUGUGUCCCUGUACUAAAGGGGCACGCUCAACCUGCACGGCUGUGCUGCGCGGGCUGUGUGGAUUUAAAUGUGAUCCCAGCUAACAGAUAUUGGUUCCCAGAACACUGGAAGUUUUCAAACGACAAUUUCAAACAACCAAAAUAGAACCUUUAGGGAACGUUCUGUGCUAGCUGUGAUGAUAUUGUUUGGUAUGAUGAUAUGACAUUCUCAUAAGACAUGAAGCUGUGAACUAGUCAACAAGACAGUGGUGGAGCUGAGUCUGGUGGCCCCAUUCCAAACGGAUCAUUAGCCCUUACUUCAAGGUUUUUGUUUAAAUACUGAUCCAAUCCAUUUAAAUCUUCUAGUGGGGGCAUCAACAAGGGCCUAAGUAAGGGGCAGGGUUCAGUUUGGACUUGGGACCUCUUAAGUGCUUGCUAAAGACCCCUAGUAAUCAUAAUGGUCAAAAGAGUUGUCUUAGUAUGUGCCUGAAUUGGUGAGGAAUAAACUGUUCUCUACAGAUGACACUUCUACCAGGUGACACUACCUUGUUUCCUUUUCAAGAUUCCUGUGAUUUCAGUUAUUAGAUUUUUUUAAACUGUCAAACGUCCUGGUCUUCUGUAAUGAGAUGAUUAUGCUGCCAUCAGGGGACAAAGGAAGUUCAGUUAGGAAUAAAGAUGGCUGAAUGAA